UUCGCCAGCUACAUUGAGAAGGUCCGGCUGCUGGAGCAGCAGAACAAGGUGCUGGUGGUGGAGCUGAACCAGGCACGGGACCAGGAGCCCUCGCGUCUGGCCGACAUCUACCAGGAGGAGCUGCGUGACCUGCGGCGCCACGUGGAGCAGUUGGCCACCGCCAAGGCCCGUCUGGAGAUCGAGAGGGACAACCUGACCGAGGACCUCGGCAGCCUGCAGCAGAAGCUGCAGGACGAGGUGACCCUGCGGCUGGAGCGUGACAUCCGCAGCCAGUAUGAGGCCAUGGCCACCAGCAACGUCCAGGAGACCGAGGAGUGGUACAAGUCCAAGUUCGCAGACCUGACGGACGCGGCUGCCCGGCACGUCGAGGCCCUGCGCGGGGCCAAGCAGGAGGCCAACGAGUACCGGCGCCAGCUCCAGGCCCUCACCUGCGACCUGGAGGCUCUGCGGGGCUCGCCAUGCCCUGACCCAACACCCAGCCCUGGGCAGGCUGGAGCUGGUGGGUGGUGGGCAGCAGGACCCUAUUGCUCUCCCCAUUGCUCCUGCAGGAUCACCAUCCCUGUGCAGAGCUUCUCCAACCUGCAGAUCCGAGAGACCAGCCUGGACACGAAAUCCGUGUCAGAAGCCCAUGUGAAGAGGAGCAUCGUGGUCAAAACUGUGGAGACCAGAGAUGGAGAGGUGCUGAAGGAGACCAAGCAGGAGCACAAGGAGGUGGUGUAG